UAAAAUCCGAAAUGGGGUCCCUGCCUCCAUCGUCUUCCCUACUUCCCUAGUAAGACCCAAGAGCAAAGAAGUUAGGAAAAUUCAUGGCAGGCCUUCAAACAAGUAUACUGAUCAGAUACUAUUCGAUUUUUGUGAAGGCCCAAGCUUAAACCGUUUUGGUCCACAUCUGCUCGGUUACGUUUCACAAAAUCAACGCCAUUUCAAACCAAACCUUUUUCCCGGUGGCCCCCCUCUCGAUCUCGCAAUUUCGCCGACGGUGGCAGCUCAUUCACAGUUUUUCAAUUAAUGGAAAAUUCACGUUCAAACGAGAAAGAUGCUCUGGAUCAUGAGCAGCUAGCUGAAGAUGGUUGGGUGAUGGUCAAGAAACAGAUAGUCACUAUUCUGGUUCCUGCCUCUGAGCAGUCUAUAUCGGCUAAUAGUCAAGAAAGCCCUCUGCAGGAACCACCAAGAAAAUCUAACAAUUCCCGAAAUACUACUCCAGUGGGAAUCCACACAGAGAAUCGAACGGUUGUUGAAUGUGAGAAGUCCAUACUAGUGGCAAGUAAACACAUGUGUGUACAGCCUCAACCCACCUUGCAAUUCCAGAAACCAUCAAAAUUAAGGAUGAGAUCGAAAUAUCCACAGGUUUCUAGUUUUAGAACAAGCUUCGUGAGAAAAGUAACUCAGCAACAUUUAAUCAAUGCCAAUGGGGGUUCAAUGAUGAACAAAAGAAUGAAGGCUCUUAAUAUCGAAAGAAGGCUCCGCAGUGCUGGUGGACUGACCAAUUGGUUGGUUUCAUUAGGACUUGGUGGUCAUUUUAUAAAGAUUUUUCGGGGUAAUAACGUUAGUAAAUUUCAGCUGGCGAGUUUGACAAUGGAAAAGCUGAAAGACAUGGGCUCGUUUGCUGUUGGUCCUAGGAGAAAGCUAUUACAUGCCAUUGAUUGCUUUUCCCAUCCAUAUUGUUGUAAGCAUAAAUGACCUUAUGGGACAGUAAUGACUAACAAGAUCAGUGUAGCAUUUUCCGGGGAAGGUAUACUACUCUAUAUCUCUUGGACCUUUCUCUGAAUCAUGUAACUAUUGUAUGUGAAAGAUCCUAUUAUCUGUGAUGUUGGGGCAGUUGGGCUAUGGUCUCUGUGGGGUCUGUGAUUAUUGGAACAGUGGAACCAGUUUGAUCUAGCCUAGAGUCUGACUGUGUCUGUGGAUAAAGUUAAUCCACAAAGGGCUAUGAAAAGUUGAAAACCAAAAUGCUCAUCCAGUCGUCCUAAAAUCCUGAUCGAAGGCCCAAUGCCCAUAGCUCUUUCUUUAUUCUUCCAUUUGAUUUUUAUUUUCUAACAAGGUACUAUGUAUAUAAGAAGAUGAAAUGAAAAUGUUGACGAGCACUUUGUCGUAG